CAAGCAGAUGUUCUGUUACAAACACCAACAACAACAAAAGAAAUGGCAAGCAAACAAGGGCAUGCAAACGGACAAGCAGUUGGGGUGGUAACAGACAAAGAAGGGCAUGCAAGUAAACGAAACGAAAUAGCGAGCAAUCCAGAGCAUGCUGGCGAACAAGACAAGAUAAUGCAAGAAUUAGAGAGGCAAAUAAAAAUCUUGAAACUAAAGAAAGAAAUUAGCGAGCUGGAAGAACAGUUGGAAACAAGAAAAAGUGUUGCCACAUUUUCUGAUGUGGAAGGUGCGUUGCCAAAAUUUUCAGGGGACAACCAAUUAAUAAUAACAAAGUGGAUACAGGAAUUUGACAACAUAACCAACGUAAUGAAGUGCUCUAAAACAGAACAAUUCAUUUAUGCACGGCGUAUGUUAAAAGGUAGCGCGGCCCUGUUUUUACGCAGCACAAAGUCAAAUUCCUGGGAAGGCCUGAAAAAAGAAUUAUUGAAUGAGUUUGGCAGAGUAGUUGGGGCGAAGGAAGCUCUAAGAAAGUUGGACGCUAGAAAAUGGGACAGACAAAAAGAAAGCCUACACCGGUAUGUCCUAGAAAUGCAACAACUAGCGGAAGACACUCCACUCUCGCAGAAAGAAAUAGUGGAGUACAUAGUGGAUGGUAUGCUAGACAAAUCAGUGGCAGCUUCCAUAUUCUUCAAGGUGGUCACGGUAGCCGAAUUUAAAGAGCUGAUACCAAAAUACGAGAAAAUGGUGGCGGACCGAAAACAAUAUCAGCCGAAAAGUGAUGUGGUGAAGCAGGCACCGCCAACAGUCAAGUGCUUCCGAUGCUCGAAGUAUGGGCAUUAUUCAACAACUUGCACAGAGGGACAGCGGCCAAUAGCGUGUUUCACUUGCGGAAAAAAGGGGCACAUGAAGAUCAAUUGCCCACUACGGACGGUAGCGGCAAUCCCAGACGAGGAGGAAGUAGAUUGGAACAUACAGCCCAUGUAGUUUUGUUAACCAAUCAGUGAUCCGGUCGGUGUCCCCACAACUUCAGAUGAAGAAAAAGAGAGUUUCUAAAUAUAAGGGUUUGGACGGUAGAAAGCUGAAAGUAUGCGGACGUCUUCCGGCAUUUGUAGAGUUCGGAGGUGUUAAAAGAAAAAUGAAUUUUAUUGUUUUGCCUGAUAGCGCCCCGUGUACCUUGGUGCUCGGGCGUGACUUCCUAAAAAUAUUUAAUAUUGUUUUAUGUUUGAAAAAUGGGAACCCGAACCCAACUGAAUUUUGUGACAGAUUCGGGAAAAAAUGUAUCAAUUUAUUUUUAAAAGCAGACCCUCAACCUGAAGUAAAUCCAGGGCUGCUAAAAAUAAAUGGAAAAGUAAAACCGAAUGAAAA